AUGCGGCAAUCAUUUGUUGCACUGAAGUAAGCUUGAAUGAAUCCGCAGUGAUGUAGUCGCGGGGCUCUUACUCAUACCUACACCUAGCUAACGUCAUACAAAAGUGCUAAAGAAUAGAAGCAGAAAGAGGGAGAAAAGAGAAAGAACGCUCCAUCGAUGUCGAGUAUUAGAUCACAGAAAUAUCGGAUUACAUUUACAGCAAAGUUCAACGCAAGCAUGUCGUACAGGCACCGGCGUUACGUACAACCGAUCUGCGCGGCGAAGUAUGUUCCUUUACACGGUCAUGUGGGUGUGGUGGUUCUACGCAACUGGUACCGAGCAUGCCCAUCAGCUGGACGGUGCUUGCGUGCUUGCUGAUCCAGCGUACGAGCGUGCAACUGACGGCACUGUGGACAUGGCAGCGGUAACGGACGGGGACGCGUCGUCCCAGUUGGAAAAUUGGAUGGGGAACCUGCCGGAGGAACUGCAAAAUGUACCACUAAACCAUCUAGCCAUACCAGGAUCACAUGACAGUUGCAGCUAUACCAUAUCGCCACAAGCGGAAAUAGCACCAGACAAUGAAUAUUACGGUAACAAACUCUUGAAACUGCUCGGGCCCAUUGGGAAGCAAAUUAUGUACAGCUGGUCAGUCACUCAGAACAUCACUACUAAGGAGCAGUUGCAAGCUGGUAUCCGCUACUUCGACAUAAGGAUAGCUGUCAGGAAAGAUCCCAAAGAUGAAAAUUUGUACCUUAUACACGGACUUUUUGGCGCCGUCGUCGACAACUUCCUCGUUGAAGUCAAGGAGUUCUUGGAAAGCCACAAAAAGGAAGUCAUACUGGUUCAUUUCCAACAUUUCUACAACAUGACAGACACUGACCACAACCGCCUCCUAAACAAGUUGACAAGUGCAUUUGGGCCACUUAUGUGCCAGUUCACCACAGACCUGGACAACAUCACUCUUGCAUCCCUGUGGCGACGUGGAUAUCAGAUGAUCACCUUCUACGGUCAUGAGAAGUUGGCCAAGUACCAUCCAUAUCUUUGGCCUACAAGCUAUAUACCGAACCCUUGGCCAGAUGAUGAUGACGCAACACGCCUGGUUACUUUUUGGAACCAAACUUUGCAGCAGGGACGUGAUCCCAAAACGUUUUUUGUGCUUCAGGCUGUGGGCACUCCUCAACCUUCAACGGUCACCAUGCAUAUCUGCAACAGCCUCAGGGUCUACAUAGUCCCCAAGGUAAAUGCAGUCCUGGAAAGCUGGCUUUCCAGUCAAGUGCCCGGAAAUGGCAAUCACACGUGCAAUGUCAUCAUGUCCGAUUUUGUGGAGAUUAACAACUACAGAAUUCCAAAAAUGGUGGUGGAGAUGAAUCGGAAGCUUCUGCAAAGUACGUCUGCCAGUGCAGGAGACGAAAUGGUGUGACCUGGAGGUGAAAGCAGGCUGUUGACUCUCCAGCAACUCUGCUUACGCUGCCUUCGCAUGCUGCUGCAAGAAAUUAUUGUACUUUGCUGUGCCAGCAAAAAAAAAAAAAAUCCUUGUAUAUAUAGGGGCAUUUUUUGCUGCUGGGCAAUGGUUGUUAAAAGCAGACACAACACAAAGAUCCUUUCUCUUUGUGUCAUGCACUUUGCUGUUCCAGAAAAAGAAAGAAAGAAGCUUUGUAUAUAAAGGGGCACAAUGUGCUGCUGGGCAAUGCUUGUUAUAAGCAGACACACCAGAAAUAUCUUUUUUUUUUCUUUGUAUCACUGAUCUGUCCAGCAUUACUUUGCUGAUCAGACCUGAAUAGGCCUGGACACUCAACACAAGCCAGAAUUCUCGCAGCAGUGUGGACAGUUUCAGAAGCGCUCUCAUUAACUGUAACAUCUGGCUAGUAUGUCUGCUUUUAACUCCCCUUUGCUUAAUGUGCCUCAUGUUUAAGUGAAGAAGCGCGACAUAGUCUAAAAGCAUUUUGCAUGGCACACGCUUGCUCAGCACAGGUCACUUUUCUUACUCAUCUUAAUGCGAUGCUUUUAUCUGAGGUAAUGCAAGUUGUUGGUGCCUGCCCAUGUUGCAAUAACGUCUUUUUAUCACCUUUUUGCUUACAAGGCCACAACCCAUUAUAAUUUUAGCUCAUCAGCAGGCAAAGCAAAACUGUUCCAUUUUAUACCAUGAUGCAAAGAUCCUGAAUGUUAUGACGUUGUCUGUUGAAUGUAGGGUCCCACGAAGAACAAUGUUGCGAAUCGCUGUGUUGGCAUGUUUUUCAUAUUAUACAAAAAGUUCCACAGAUUAUUUGGGCUGUACACCCACUUGCUAAUGGUGAACUGUGAACUGGGAGGGUUGGUAGCUGCAAAGGAGGGGAGGGGGAAUUUCCUCCUAUGGACAGCGCAAUUUUUUCUCAAGGUGGAACCCCCCCAAUUAUUGAGUGUCAGAAGAGUACUUGUCAUUCCCACGUGCUCUCCCAAGAACCGACUGUGACCAGUGCUGCUUGGCUUCAUCGAUCUGACAAACACUGGCAUAUUCAGCAGGAGAUAACCAACUGAUAUCAUGCUGAAUAUGCUGUCAUCAUCAGAUCACCACAGCAGAGCCCAAACUCACUGGUUUGGGUACCUGCAGAAUGCUGCCAACAGGCAAAGGAUAUAUCACUGUCUUAAGGGGGCCCUGCGACACUCUAAACUCUGUGGAGUGAGUGCAAUGCUGAUCAAUUAAUAUACUAUUUACUAAUAAAUUUUUGAAAAGAACCUAAUAUUAAGAGAGAUAUAAAGAGUGCAAUGCUUACUUUUACCAUUUACCAUCAGCACAAUUAUUAACGUUUCCAUUCUGCUGGGGCAGUGCCUUGCCUAUUCUGUUUCUUACUUUUCUUCUUUCCCUGGUGCACUUAUGCUACCAAUAUGUAAUGUGUGUCAUUUUAAAAUGGUGAUGAUAACCAUUCAAGAUUGACAUUUGAGAAAGGGGUGGUGACAGGACACUUCACCUACUAGAAUAUUGGAGGGUUGUGUGCGAAGUGCAAGGCUUUCGCUCAUGAGCAACUCAUUGUUAUGGACAAUCGCUCAAUGACUGCGGAAAAUGGGGGGGUGGGCUUGAAAGCCGCAGAAGAGAGUGAGCAAUCUCUUACGCAAAAUUGUGGACUCCCUGCAACAUGCAGUUGAAUAAUAUUUGACUCGCAUGUUCAUGAUGGCAUUGUCAUCAGAGCGUGAACACUUUCUGUGUUAAAAAAUGUUGCAGUGGCCCUGUAACCAUGAUAAGUUUGUUAAUCAUGAGCACCAGCAUCUGUGCCUAUGCAGAACAACUUGUAGGCAAUGUUUCAAAGUAGGGAACCAAAUUCCAAAAGCACAAAAGAAACAUUUCACUAAGUAAGCUGUGUCCUUUGCUGUGUUGACCAGCAUAUCGAGCUAUGCUGAAGUGAAGACUUUUUAUUGCCUAACAAGUCCUGUACGUCGAUGUAUUUCGUGUAUGUAUGACCAGUUGACUGUUGGCAUGACUGUUAGCAUGAAUUGAAAUGCACACAGAUCAGAAAACGCUGGAACAUGCCUCUGCAUUUCUAUGUUCAUUGCUGUGUGUGACACUAUGGCAUGAUUUAUAGCUGGAUAUUGUGAGUUUAGGGAACACGGAAUGUUUGAGGACUGGCUACGCUCUGGUGUGUGCCACAUUUUACUUCUGCAUAAUCACACAUAAUAUGUGUUCUGCUUCACUUUUCCUUGUUUGAAUUUGAUCUUGUGGAAGAAAAGUACACCAAUAAGUCUAGGUGGUGGUAUUGAACUGUUAGACAAUGACACAUUAUUUUGUUAUGCAAUGUGUAACAUGCUAUGUGCAGUCUGAUCAUCAUGAAGACUGUGGUCACAUCAUCAUGUAUCAGGCAAUUUCCUACAGAAAGCUUCAUUGCACCUUUAAAAUUUUAUCGUGCUAGA